AUGGGUCCCCCGAGGGCACUGGAGGAGCCCUCGACCACAGACAUGGGCCUGAAGUUCUGGGGCACGAGACCCGACAAGCGGCCCGCGGAUGACAUAGCGCUGUCUUCCGGGUCAGAGAGCGACGCGGGAGCCGUGGCACCGCUGACCAGCACUGCCAAAAGCGGCAAGAAAGCUAAAGCGGGGAGGCGCCAAAGUGGCCCUAAAAACAGGACGGACCCGCUGGGCCAGGCACCCAUCGUCCUGGUCGAGCGCUUGCCGCUCAGCUCCAUCUCGCACUUACCGCAGCAGGAGACGGAAGUGACCGAGACCAGCCCCAACUCCUUCAACACGGGUGCCGAGUCGGACUCGGCGCGGAGCGGGGGCUCGACGCACGACGCGGGACUUGCCCAGGCGAAGCGGGAGCUUCACCGCCUGAGGCGAGAGGAGCUCCAGCGCAAGGCCGAGCAGGAGCUGGCAAGCCUCACGCGGUCGCUGGCGCCUGGAAAGUCCCCUAAGAGUGGCGGGACGAUCUCGGGCCCACCAGACACAGACGGGGCGGACAACAGUGCGGCGUCGCUCCACCAAAGGGUGAAAAACAGCCUCAAGACGGUGGAGUUGGUGGCCACUGGGUCCGCCAACCUAAAGGGGACAUUUGUACGGGCCCUCAAGGUGGCUGUCGCGUCAAUCGGGGAAGCGGUCGAAGACCUGAAGGAGCUUACUUCCUCCGAAGAGACGCGACGGCUACAGAGGCAGAAUGCCAACUUGAGGGUGGAGGUUAAGGACCUGCGCUCCGAAGUGGAGGAGCUGAAAGCGGAGCUCCGGGCCCACUUCAAGAAGCAGGCCCCGCCCUCCUCGUCCCUCCCCAAAGAGGCACCACAGCCCGUCACUGUCCCCCCAGGACGUUCCGAUGUGGACGAGCUGGUCGGAGCAGUCGCGGCCAGGGUAGGGCGGAUGCUCGACGAGAGGCUCGGAGCUCUCGAACGCGACGGCAGGCUUUUGCCAGGGCGAAAAAAGGGCGACAAAAAGAAAGCCAAGGGUAAAGGAAAGGGUAAGAAGAGCGCGCCGAAACCGUCAGCGAAGGCCACCGCCACCGAGAGUCCUCUUCCACCCGCUGCCGAACCCCCCCGGCCAGCGGCCGCCACAUCCACUGACGAGGGCUGGAAGGUGGCGGUCGGCGGCAGAAAAAAGAGGAGGAAAGCAGCAGCAGCGACCAGGGCAAGGGCGCCCCAGCCGGUACCGCAGCGGGCGAAACCCAAAGCCCGGAGACUUCGCCCUCCUCGCUCGGCAGCUGUGGUGCUAACCCUACAGCCGGAGGCCAUUGAAAGCGGUGUCAACUACGCCCAGGUGCUCUCCAGGGCAAAGGAGACAGUUAACCUGGAGCAGUUCGGCAUCACCGCCUUGAGAUUUAAGCGGGCAGCCGCUGGUGGCAGGGUACUGGAAAUUCCAGGUGCUGCCAGCGGCGAGAAGGCUGACCUGCUGGCCGAAGCGCUAACCGAAAAGCUGGGGAGCGACGUCGUCAGAGUCUCCAGGCCGGUGAAGUGCGCGGAGCUGCGAGUCACCGAACUCGACGACUCAGUGUCCCCUGGCGAGGUGGUCGCUUCGGUCGCUAAGGUCGGUGGCUGUGCGGAGGGCCAGAUCAAGGCUGGAGAGAUUAGGCAGGAUGCCUCUGGCCUCGGCACGAUCUGGCUUCGCUGCCCAGUCGUCGUAGCCAAGAAGGUGGUGGAGGCCGAUCGAGGGCGACUCCAGGUAGGGUGGGUCCGGGCAGCGGUAAAACUGCUGGAUCAGCGUCCCAUACGGUGCUUUAAAUGCCUCGAAACGGGGCACGUGCGGGCAAACUGCACCAACGACGCUGACCUCAGCGACGCCUGCUACCGCUGCGGCAAGCCCGGCCACAGAGCGGCUGCCUGCUCGGAGGAGCCACGCUGCGCCAAGUGCGCAAAGGAGGGGAAAAAGGCCGACCAUAUGCUUGGUUCCAAGGCGUGCCUAACCUCUGCCCCGAAAAAGGCGAAAUCGAGAGCUGGAGCCACCCGACGGGCCCCAUCCCAGCCCAGGAAGUCUCCAGACAUCGUUAUGGAGACGCAGGAGGUGGACCCAACCAACGUCGAAUAG